AUGGUGGAGGAACAGAAAGCUAGUGGAGGAAAGUCCUGUGCUCUCUCCUCAGCAGAGAAUGGAAUAGAGAAUCCAGGGCUGGAGCUCAUGGAAGAAGAAGUAAAUCCUGAGAGAACCAGGAGGCUUGAAUUGCAAGGACAGAGUUUCGGGGAUGAUCGGAGGCCUGCUACUCACCAUAGGAGUUAUCUACAGCAUUUCACCAAGGCAAGAACUUUCUGCCAAAGACAUGCAACCUUGUUCAAGAAGAUCCUGUUGGGCCUGUUGUGUCUGGCGUAUGCUGCCUACUUCCUGGCUGCUUGCAUUUUGGAUUUCCAGAGGGCACUGGCCUUGUUUGUCAUCACCUGCUUGGUGAUCCUGGUUCUGCUUCACCACUUUCUUAAAAAGUUCAUGGGUAAAAAAUUAACAAGAAGUCCGAAGCUCUUUAAAAACUCCCGCCUGAGACGCUGGAUAAAAUGGGUGUUCGCAGGAGCUGCCUUGAUUGGUCUUAUCCUGUGGCUGGCACUUGACACAGCCAAAAGGCCACAGCAACUGAUUUCCUUUGCAGGAGUCUGCAUGUUCAUCCUCAUCCUCUUUGCCUGCUCCAAACACCACAGUGCAGUGUCCUGGAGGACAGUGUUUUGGGGCCUGGGUCUUCAGUUUAUCUUUGGAAUCUUGGUCAUAAGAACGGAUCCUGGAUUUAUUGCAUUUCAGUGGCUGGGAGAUCAGGUCCAGAUUUUCCUGGCCUACACUGUUGCGGGUUCCAGUUUUGUCUUUGGGGAUGCUCUAGUCAACGAUGUCUUUGCUUUUCAGUCUUUGCCAAUCAUCAUUUUCUUUGGAUGUGUGAUGUCCAUUCUCUACUACCUGGGCCUCGUGCAGUGGUUGGUUCAGAAGAUUGCUUGGUUUUUGCAAGUCACCAUGCACACCACUGCCACAGAAACCCUGGCUGUAGCAGGAAACAUCUUUGUGGGUAUGACAGAAGCACCUCUGCUCAUUCGGCCCUACCUUCCAGACAUGACCCUCUCCGAAAUCCAUGCCGUGAUGACUUCAGGGUUUGCUACCAUUUCAGGCACUGUGUUGGGAUCCUUCAUCUCCUUUGGGAUUGAUGCAUCCUCCUUGAUUUCUGCUUCCGUGAUGAGUGCCCCUGGUGCACUUGCCUUGUCAAAGCUGGUCUACCCAGAAGUUGAAGAGUCCAAGUUCAAGAGUGAGAAGGGAGUCAAACUGCCACGUGGGAAGGAGAGCAAUGUCCUGGAAGCUGCCAGCAAUGGAGCCACAGAUGCUAUAGCCCUUGUUGCUAAUGUUGCAGCCAACCUUAUUGCCUUUUUGUCUGUAUUGGCCUUCAUCAAUGCUACCCUCUCCUGGCUGGGGGAACUAGUGGAUAUACAAGGGCUCACUUUCCAGGUCAUUUGCUCCUAUAUUCUGAGGCCCAUGGUUUACAUGAUGGGUGUAGAGUGGAAAGACAGUCCAAUAGCGGCUGAGUUGGUGGGAAUCAAGUUCUUCACAAAUGAGUUUGUGGCCUAUCAGCAACUGUCUGAGUACAAGGAAAGACGUCUCUCUGGAAUGGAAGAGUGGAUUGAUGGCCAGAAACAGUGGAUUUCUGUGAGAGCUGAAAUCAUUACCACAUUUUCACUCUGUGGAUUUGCCAACCUUAGUUCCAUAGGAAUAACCCUGGGAGGCUUGACAUCAGUAGUGCCCCAACGAAAGAGUGACAUGUCUAAGAUUGUGAUCAGGGCCCUCUUCACAGGGAGCUGUGUAUCCUUUAUCAAUGCCUGCAUCGCAGGAAUCCUCUAUGUACCCCGGGGAGCUGAAAAUGACUGUGUCUCCUUCCUAAACACAAGCUUCACCAACAGAACUUAUGAGACAUACAUGUGCUGCAGCGAGCUUUUUCAGAAUACUUAUCUGAAUGGCACCAAUUCACCUUCUUUUUCUGGUUCCUGGGAAGACAAGACAUUCAGUGCCAUGGCGCUUGCCAACUGCUGUGGACUUUACACCAAUGCUGCUUUAAAAAGGGAGCUGGAUCGGAAGUGGAGCAGCCGAUUCUCAAAUUGCCUAUAUGGAAUGCUGGUGCCAAAGGCAGAAGGCUUCUGGAGGAAGCUGGCUGGGAAGAGGCGCAGCCUGGACUCGGAGUCCACGCGGGAAGCCGACAUCCCCGCUGUGGGCCUAAGCGGCUGCGCCCCUGUGUGUGUCGACACCGCAUGUCUGUGGGAACAGCGAGAUUUUAUCAGCCACGGUGCUGGCGCGGAGACACAGUCCAUACACGACCUGCGUAGGCUGACCACAGUUAGCCACGACCGGAAGCGGGUUACCGUGGGGUUCACGGGGUUCCAGGCCGGCAGAGGGCUGAGGAACACACGCGCGGGGGUCGCGGGGGUCGCGGGGGUCGCGGGGGUCGCGGGGGUCGCGGGGGUCGCGGGGGUCGCGGGGGUCGCGGGGGUCGCGGGGGUCCCUGACACUGGACUGACGGCAUGUGGAGACACCACAGAACCUGGGACCAGGCUCACCCGGGCUGUGGGAACCCUCUCGGACCGCCGGGGAUACUCACUGGGAAGACGCCCUGCGGGAGGCCGUGGCCACUGGAGCGCAGGGGGCGAGCACCCCGGGACCCCUCAACCCACAGAAGGCCGCCCCGGAACCAGCAGGGGCCGCUUCCUCCCCGGCGUCCCUGCGGCGCCCUCUGCUGGACGUGUUGGCGUCGUCCCGGCGCCCGCAGGGUCGUGGAAGGUGCAGGCGGAUGGGCACAAGCUCAGCCUUCGCUCAGAGUCUUAG